CCACUUUCCACAGCAGAUGCAGAAUGACGACAAAAGGCGGAUGCAGUAGACUGAGACGCAGCCCACACAAAAAAAAACCCUUCAACAGACAUAUUUUGAUCAGGAUUUUAUUACUACAUCAAUUAGAUUGACGCAAUCGACUCCGAAUAGCUUAGGUGUUUUUCUGUUUCGUUUUUCUAUUUUAGUACUUUAUUUAUUUAAUAUGAAGUAUUUUGAAAUUGAUAAAUUGAUGAAUUGGAAAGCCUGUGUGUUUCGUGGUACUUAUUAGGGCAGAGUGAAAUAGUAUUUGGAGUCCAAUGAUUCUGUGUGGAUCUGGCUGUAGGCCAGUGUGUGUGUGUGUGUGUGUGUGUGUGUGUGUGUGUGUGUGUGUGUGUGUGUGUGUGUGUGUGUGUGUGUGUGUGUGUGUGUGUGUUUGGUGUCACAGAGCACAAUGGCAGGAAGAGGAGGGUCCAGAUGUUGUCUGUGUUGCCAUAGUGAUAACUAGAGGUCAUUAGAAGCAUGGGGUCUGCUAGUACGGGAGAUGUACUGUGUGUGUGUGUGUGUGUGGUGUGGCAACUUCUGGGUUAUGGAGUGUAACAUGUAGUUGAUUAACAUACAGAUAGAUAAACAUUAGACAAUAAUAUGGUCCUGUUUGGUUUGAACAAUAAAAUCAACAAUAACAGAACAAUAAAGUUUUCACUUGACCUUGGUCUUCCAGAUGCUGAGUGCCUGGUGGUCAGUCCUGCCAGGCUGGUGGUGAAGCAUGGAGACCCAGCCUCCUCUAACUGCAGCUCAGAUACCCCUGUAGAGAUGGGCUGGGAAGCCACCCAGGGAGGAGUUGGUCUAACAGACAACAAGGUGAAGUUCCUACGCUGGAGGGUGGACAGUGUGACUGACUGGAAGAUCAAACCUACAUGCUUCACAGAAGGAGGCCAGUGUCAGAAACAGCUGAACAUCACAGUUUAUAAGCUUCCAGACCGUGUCUCCAUCAGCUACAGGAAGUACCCUGAUCCGAUGGUUGAGGGGGAUCAGUACCUGCUACAGUGUCUUGUCCAGAACAUCGCUCCUAUUGGGAGACUCAGGGUGACCUUCUACAAAGUCAGUGCCACAGGUGAACAGACAGAAUUAGACACACAACAUAAAUCCAAGGACAACAUCAACACACCACAGAAUGGGACCUUCACCCUGGACUUCACCCCUGGUAGAGAUGAUGACGGGGCCCAGUUGUUGUGUUCAGCCAUGUUGGAUCUGGGACCAGAGGGACCCCAACCUCCUCCUGUAAUGGACUCAAACCGCCUCAACAUCAACGUGCACUACAAGCCUCAGAUCACUAUGAGUCCUGGAUGUUUCUCCAUGAGCAUCACGGAGGGCGGACCCUUCAUUGGUUGUAGUGCAAAAGUGGACUACCUGCCCAUCUUUGCAGGGCUGGCUGCAGCUGUGGUGGUGAUCCUCUUGGUGAUCUCCUGUUUCACCUACUCAUCUUACUAUAAACACAGGCGCAUGGGCCACUACCAGCUGAAAGACAUGUUGCCACGACGACACAAGAACAAACACGUGGUGCACCACAACGGAAUGGACCAGUCCUUUAUGUAG